AUGUUUUUCGGCUUCGCUGACAGAUCUCGCCCGACAUCGGUCAUCGUCAGUUCGCUAUGGCGGCUCAGCAGAUCGUGCUCGACGACUACCGCACGUUCGAUCGCCCCCGUCAGCCAUACCGCAACAGCAAGAUGUACAACUCAGCUGGCAUCAUGAAGCCCGUGGACCACUACCAUGACAACCGCGACUACGCGGCUCCGCCGACCAUGAUCCGUGGCCCUGCCGACGGAGUACUUGUUCCUCAGAGCUGGCUCCCUGGCGCAUAUGGUUUCCCUGCAGCGGGCUCUAUCCACGUCACGCACCACGCCUACACGAUCCCUCCAGGGCAGUGGAAGGGUCUCCCUACGUCUGCUCGUGGGCUUGGCUACGGCGAGGUCUGUGUGCAGUGCGGAGUAUGGGACCGGGCCCGCGUGACCAACGGCGCCUUGAAGCAGAGCCUCCGCGAGCCGUGCCGGCGCUUCCCCAAGACCCAGCACUACAAGAGAACGCUGGCGCGCCUCCUGCGCGGCGAUGGCCCAUACUCGCGGCCGCAGCCGCAGCAGCAGCAAGGAGCAGCAGACUUGGACAGCGAGGAGGAGCUCGAAUCGCAGCUCGAGUGGGACCUAGGGAGCAGCACCGCCGGGGACGAGCAGGCGCAGCAGAUGCAGCCGGAGAAGGAGCAUAUUCAGGAGGAGGGGUUCGACUCCGACGCCCCCACGGAGAGGAUGGUCAAUGACGCGAGGUGGUCGUGGCCAGCAUCGGAAUCGGGGUUUUCGCCAGCAGCGUCGGGAUCGGGGUCUUCGCCAGCAGCGGCGUCGUCCUCGUCGUCGGGACCCAGGCCGCAGUAGGUGGCAGCUAAGCGACGGUCAGCAGGCCUGUGUACAUAGCUGGGCGCUGGCAGACUGUUAUCUGGCGGAGUCGGGGUUUUCCAGGGGUAAUGUCUCCCCGUCCAGCACGUUUUGAUUCGCACAGCGCUGUCGCGCCCGACGAGCAUUGCUUGAACUUUGCUCUGAACCAGCACAGAGACGACCAGCGCGCACAGUCAGCGCCCCUCCCAGACUUCGCCAUCAGCAUUUGCAAGCCAGCUUGAGAUGGCGAGGCACAGGAG